AUUUACCUCAAGCCAACGCAUAGCGCCCAAUUUGAAUUGAUUAUCAAUCAUAAGAUGUCAGCUACCUUCGAAUCUCUGCCCAAAAUUGGACUAUUGUCCAUUGGCGAUAUGGGGGUCGGUAUUGCAAAACUACUAGUUGCCAACGGUUUCACCGUUGCAACCAAUAUCUCUGGCAGAAGCCAAGAUACCAUCGAACGAGCUCGGGAUGCAGAAGUUGAGCUCCUCGAGUCUGAUGUUGAUCUGGUCAGGCAGAGUUCCGUUAUACUCUCCAUUGUGCCGCCUAAAGACGCAGAGGCAACAGCCACUCGUAUUACAGAUGCGUUAGCAGGCUUAGAGACUACGAAAAAGCUUUACUUUGUCGAUCUCAAUGCUGUUGCACCUUCGACAGUCAAGGCCAUUGCGGCAUCUGUUAAGAGAGAAAACCUGCCUAUACGAUUCGUUGACGGAAGCAUUCUUGGGCAUCCUCCCAAGAAGACGUCUACCGAUGCCGCAACAGAAUCAUCAAGCAGCAACGACUCUUCUGACUGGUACCGUCCUAGCAUUCCUAUAUCAGGCUCGGAUGGUUUCAGCUCGCUCCCUUUUGGAAAGAAACUGAUAUCUGUUCUCAACAUGAAGCAAAUCUCUCCUGAUAUCGGCGCUGCAAGUGGUCUAAAAAUGUGCUUUGCUUCCCUUUCAAAGGGAUUCACCGCCAUUGCCACUCAAUCGUUCACGACGGCACAUAAUCUUGGCGUCUUAGGCGCUCUUAAAGAUGAGAUUGGUACAUUUUAUCCAGCCAUGCUUGCCAACGCUGAAAAGAGCGUUCCCGGCAUGCCACCUAAGGCGUAUCGCUGGGUGCGAGAGAUGGAGGAGAUUGCUCUCACUUUCAAUGAGGAAGCGGGCUGGGAUAAAAGGAUGUUCAUGGGUGCCGCGAGUGUCUACAAGGAUAUCGCGGAGAAUGAAGUACUUGGAAACGAGAAGACGGGCAAGAGGAAGAGGGGAACAACGUUGGAUGAUGUCGCCGCAGCGGCAGCGGAAGGAUUGCACAAGAAGCAAAGGCCACAAUAA